CGCUUGGCUGUCUGCGCUCUAUCGCACGUGUCCAUUCAAGACGUCUUCGUUUUUAUAUUUCCUUCUGUACUGUGUAUAGUCAAUAUGUCGUUCACACAGGAAGAGUGUUCGAAGAUGAUCUUUUUCGUGCAGCUUGUUGAAAAAAAUCCUUGUCUGUGGAAUCACACAAUGAAAUCUUAUUCAAGGGCAGAUGUGACGAGUUUGGCUUGGAAAAAUAUAGCAACUGAAAUGAAGGAAACUGAACAGAUUUGUCGUGACCGAUGGAAAAACAUCCGCACUGCUUUUGGAAGGUCAUUGAAACCUUUGAAAUCAGGAUCGGGAAGGCUAAAGAAACCAUAUUAUUUGGCCCCCCACCUCUCAUUUCUUCACCCAUACAUGAAAGGGGCUCCUUCUUCUGGGAAUGUAUCUCCACUUGAGGAAAAUGAAGACAACAUGGCAGCUUCAAAUGCAACGCUGACCACCACAGACCAUCAGGAAAUGGAAAGUUGUGAAAUUUCGGAAGAAAUGUGUGAUUUGGUUGAUUGUGAUGUGGUGCUACAAUCAACUCCUCCUAAAAGAAAAGCCGAAGCCAGCAACAGCGAUGCCCAUAAAGUAUAUGCUGACUGGCUGGAAAUUAAACAAUUUAAUGAAAUGAAGAGAAACUGGGCGUCAUCAGCUGGUGAUGCUGACUGGAUGUUUUUUCAAUCCAUCCUCCCUGAUUUCAAGAAACUUAGUGACAGGCGUAGGAGAGACCUGAAAGCAAAAUUCCUGUUGCUUUUGAAUGAGCAGCUGGAUGAAGCUGAGAAUGAUACAUCGUGAUUUUCCUCAUCAUAGACUGCAUCUAGUUAACAAAUUUAUGCCACUACACAGAGUUAAUCAUCCACUGCUACAAGAUCGAUGGUGACGGUUUUCCCCUCAAAUCCGACAAUGCUUCUUGUGAAUACACUUCAAGCAGAAUUACAUUCUACCUUAGGAUAUGGAGCAGCUGUUACUUUUUAACUUGUAACCAUUGUUUACAUUAUGAGGUGACGAAAGUAAUGGGAUAGUGAUGUGCUCAAAUACAGAUGAUAGUAACAUUAUGUACACAAGGAAUAAAAGGGCAGUGCAUUUGCAGAGCUACCAUUUGUGCUCAGGUGAUUUGUACGAAAAGGUUUCUGAUGUGCUUAU